UCCACUUUUUAAUGCAGGAAGUUAUAGGAAGCUCAUUGAAAGACGAUGCAGCCUGAAAUCCAAUGAGACAGUGCAUUAAAGGAGUAAGUGAGAAGCUGAUGGCUAAAUCAGUAGCAGUUCUUGGUGGGGGAGCAGCCGGCCUGUGUGCACUCCGCCACCUUGUGAACAAGCCCAAAGUCUUCAAUAGAGUGGUGGCCUAUGAGCAGGCAAGCCAGGUCGGAGGGACAUGGGUGUAUACGGAGAAGGUCGGCAAGGAUGAACAUGGUCUGCCAGUCAUGAGUAGCAUGUACAGAAACCUUAGAACAAAUUUACCUAAGGAAGUCAUGGCCUUCCCAGGCUACCCCUUUCCCAAGGAAUGGCCGUCGUUCAUGACACAUCAACAGGUAUUACAAUACCUUGAGGAUUUUGCAGUCCAUUACAAACUAAAGGAGCACAUUGAGUUUGAUACCAUUGUUGAGAAAGUCCAUCCCAUUCAGUUUGACGGUAAAACGAAAUGGGAGAUUCAUACCAGAAACACCAUUGACGGAAAAGAUCAGACCACACGGGAGGAGUUUGAUGCAGUGUUUGUCUGCUCAGGGCAUUUUUCCGAACCAAUGAUCCCUGACAUUCCCAGUCAGGCUCUUUUCCAAGGUGACCUAAGCCACAGCCAUGAUUACAGAUACCCAGAGCCUUUCACUGAUAAGGUUGUCCUGUUCUUGGGAGCGGGACCAUCUGGCAUCGACAUCGCUUUAGAUAUUGCCCCUGUUGCUAAAACGGUCAUCCUGUGUCACAACAAACCAGCCUUGCAAUCACUUCUUCCUGCCAAUGUCGUUCAAAAACCUGGUAUCAAAGCAAUCACCCGCACUGGCGUAACGCUCUUGAAUGACGAGAACAUUGAAAUAGAUGCGUUGAUGUUCUGCACAGGAUACAAAUACACAUACCCCUUCCUCUCAAGCGAUUGUCAUCUUGAGAUCCAAGAUGGCCGAGUUAUGCCGCUGUAUAAACAUGUCAUCCACACGGAACACCCAUCGUUAUUUUUCGUCGGGAUUUGUCAGACGAUAUGUCCAUUUCCAAUGUUUCACAUGCAGGUGUUAUUCGCAGUUGCAAGUUUAGACGGAACGAUGAAGCUCCCAACAAAAGCUGUGAUGGAUCAGGAUAUCAUGAAGGACUAUAGGUGGCGUAUAUCUGAGUUAGAUUGGCCGCACCGCUAUGCUCAUAAAAUGGGCGAACACCAGUGGGCCUAUAACAACAGUUUAGCUGAAUUAGCGGGGUUGAGAAAGGUUCCUCGAGUCGUAGAAAGUUUAUAUGAUCAUGUCCAUCAUAUACGCACUAUACAAGUUUGUGAAUAUAAGGAACACAACUAUGAACUAAUUGACGAUGAACAUUUCAAAACUGUGGAGAACUGAAGCCGUUUCUUGGCUUGGAUAUUGGCAACAGCUGACCUCAGGAAGAGGGUCGCUCCCAAAGAAGUGGUAUGCACAUCCAUGUUCAUAGGUAUUUUUUAAAGCUUCAACCCACAUUUCGUUCAGUGGGGUGAGAAGUGUAAUGUGCCCGGCAACUCGUAUGAAAGUCGGGCAGUUUUUCCAGGCCACGGAUGUGCAUACCCUUUCUAUGUGAGUGACCACCCUCCCCUGGAGAUGACAUAAUCACUUCCAUAUGACGUACAUGUAUGCAUCGAUUGAAAUGUAAUGAAUUGCUUCACUAAUUCAAAUACGUCGCAUAUAAAUGGAUACCUACUCUGGUCAUAUCUGGGGUAGUGGUUGGCGUGGACAACCUGUUUAAAGCCCUGCACGCUGAUCAUGUACAUUUGAAAUGGUGCUCUCACCCUUGGUAAGAUGGGUCUGCUGAAAUAUUCCUUUAAAAUGUUGAUAAUCAUAAUAAGCCACUUAAAGUGCCUAUUUUAGGGCAAGGGGCCAGCUCAUAUAUUUUGUCCGUCGUUCAGAUAAGUUUGAUUGGAUGUGUUAAUAUAAAAAGUGUAUGCUAAUAAUUUGAUUGUAAAUGUAAAUGGUUCUGGUGCAAAUCCUUAUAAAAUGAUAUAAUAAAUAAAUAAUGA